GUCACAAAAACAAACUCGGGAAUGAAAAACUGUUAAAAAUGGAAAAUAUACAAGAUGUGAGCAUUGAAACUUGUACAGAAUCGAAAUAUUUAAGGCCGUAUCGACUCAGGUAUAAGCAGAAUGGUAGAGAGAAGAUAUGGGACGUCAUGGAUACUGGAGAUAGUGUAUCAAUACUGGUGUACAAUCCUUUUAGAAAGGUUUUUAUAUUUGUUAAACAAUUCAGACCAGCUGUUUAUUCCUGCAAUUCCAAAAAAUAUGAAGAAAAUGGGGUGAAGAAAAUAGACCUAGAGAAAUAUCCUGCUAAACUGGGCGUUACGCAUGAACUAUGUGCAGGUCUGGUUGAUAAAGACUGUAGUGUUAUAGAAAUAGCUCAACAAGAAUUACUGGAAGAGCUGGGCUACAAGGUCCCCUUGUAUAAAAUAGAAAAGAUAACAACUUUUAGAUCUGGUGUCGGCGCUAGUGGUAAUCUACAGACCAUGUUUUACUCUGAAGUAUCAGACGUGAUGAAAGUCAAUGCUGGGGGAGGUCUGGAAUCGGAGGGGGAACUGAUUGAAACAGUCGAAAUACCAGUAACUAAAGGAAGAGAGAUGAUAUAUGAUGAAUCUAUCAAUAAACCGGCCGGGAUGAUGUUUGGUCUACUCUGGUUUUAUGAAAAUAAAUAUAAACCAUCUGGAUAUUAGGUUUAUUAUAGGAAUAUUUUAAUUUUAAUGUGUUUUAUAAUAAAAACUGUUUGUUU